CCAACCCCAGAAGCCUCGAAUUGCCGUCCAAGGGUUCAAAAUGCUGAUCUACUAUUUUCAGGGCGAAGAAUGGAAAACCCUCCGCAAGCGCUUCAACCCGGGCUUCGCGCCCCAGCACCUGAUGACCCUCCUCCCGCGGAUCGUGGCCAUGUCGCGCCGCUUCGUCGGGAAUCUGGACCGCCACGCCAAGUCCGGGGAGGCGUUCCGGCUGGACGAGCCCUGCAUCAACCUCACAUUCGACAUUAUCGGCGCAAAAGUAAUGGACACCGACUUCGGCGCGCAAUGCGCCCCCCACCAGCAAAGCGAGAUCUUCAAGCUCUUCCGGGAGCUGGUGCGCUCGUACCCCAUGGCCGGCGGCAUGAGCUGGGAGCGUGUCAACCUCUGGGGCGCGCUGCAGCGCCGGCGGAUUACUGGCCGAUUCGAGAAGUAUCUGCGCGCGCACAUCACGCAGAAGUUCGCCGACCUGCGGCAGGCCGCCGAUGCUGCACCGACGGAGAAGGGGCGCUCGCGAAGCAUCCUCUCCCUCAGUCUGCAGGACCUUGCCACCCUGGAUGAAGACGUGAUCUCCCAAACGAGCGACCAGCUCAAAUCAUUCCUGUUCGCCGGCUAUGACACCACCAGCAUCGUGCUGCAGUGGACCUUCUACGAGCUCAGCCGCACCCCGCGCGCGCUGCAGGCCGUGCGAACGGAAUUAGCCGCGCUGUUUGGGGCGGACCCCUCCCCGACCGUGGUCUGGGACAAACUGACAGCGCCAGGGGGCGAGAGCCUCCUCAACCAAAUGCCUUACACCUCCGCGGUGAUCAAGGAGGUCCUCCGCCUGCAUCCCCCCUCCGGCAGCGCGCGCUUCACCGCCCCAGGCACGGGGUUUACGGUCCAGCUUCCCGGUGGCGACUCCGUCAAUCUGGACGGAAUGGUCGUCUACAACUGCGAGACGCUGAUCCACCGCGACGAGGCCGUGUACGGCGCGACCAAGGACAUGUUCUGUCCGGAGCGGUGGUUGGAUUCACCCGAAAAGAACCGGGGGAUUCCGGCCAGCGCGUGGCGGGCGUUCGAGCGCGGGCCCCGGAGUUGUAUCGGGCAGGAGCUGGCCACUCUGGAGGUGCGGGUGAUUCUGGCGUGUACGGUGCGGCGGUAUGAGGUUACGAAGGUUGGGUUGGGUGAGGUUGUGAAAAAUGAGAAGGGACAGCCUGUGAUGGGGGCGCAGGGGCAGUUUGCUGUGAGGAAGGAGUUGUUUAAUACGAUGCAGAUCACGGCGAAGCCUGUAGAUGGGACGAGGGUGCGGGUUGCGUUUGCUGCGGAGGGUGGUGCUGGUUCAGUGGGAGCUGUGUAGAGUUAGGUGAUGUUGUCAGGAAUAUCUGUUCAUUUUAGGGUGAUCAUAAG